CCUCUUCUCCCAUCUCCCAUGGAACUACGAAUAGCGAUGCGCCCUCGUGCGAAGCGCCCCAACUCGUUUGGAGAAUGGCUGUUGCCUGCGAAACGAGCCCGAUCGACGCUCUCGAGCACAAAAUCAUCGAGGCAAGUGUCUCCGGCCACACUGUUACGGAAAAGACAGAUCGACGCCGACGACGACGACGACGAAGCACGCCAGUUGAAGCGGGCGCGGUUGACACGGCAAAACUUGGCCUUGUUCAAUAAGAUGGGGAAGAAGAAGGAAGCAAAGAAAGCAUCGGCGUCUGCCGCCCCGGAGUCCACGAUUCAGUCGUCGACAACAAGGACCACCUCGACCACCACGUCUGGUUUUGCUCUCCAGGCCGAUAAGAAUGGCAUCUUACUACCCCUCGACUCUAACCGCCCCGAGAACCUCGAGGCCAUGCGCCAAAGACUUGCCAGAUUCCGUGAGACGGCUUCGCCCCCCGAGUCGGUGUACGAGCGAUACGCCUACAAAGUCGGGACAGCACGUAACGAAUCGACCAUGGUCGUCGAAAUGGCACCGCUGUUGAAGGAGUACGAGGACCGGGGAUACGACAGGGUGUUCAACCAGGCAUUUACGGCAUUCCCCAAGGAUGUUGGCUUCAACAAUUGCCUGUCUGCUCCACAGCCCGACUUUGUUGAGGGGCUGUCCAUAAGACAAUACCGUCCAUUUCCAGUCGACGAGCAUGUCAACGGUGCGGCUCUUUAUGAAGAUGACCCUCAUUCACUGGCAUUGCCGCAUGUGGCCGGGGAGUGGAAGGGACGUGGGAAAGAUAUGGAAGAAGCGAGAAUGCAGAGCGCGUAUGAUGGAGCGGCUCUUGUCUACGCCCGGAACCAGGCCUUAAGUACUAUGGAGAAACCUGGAUCUCCCGGCCAUGCAGAAGUCACGACCUUCACUACGGAUGGCACCAAUAUCAACUUUUUUGCACACUAUGCUGCUCAGUCGGAGGACGGUGUGCUUGAAUACCACCAGCAUCCCGUCACAUCAACAAACUUGAAGAACUCUCAUCAAGAGUUUAAACAGGGUCGCAGGCAGCUCAGAAAUGCGCAAGACCAUGCGAGGGAACAGUCGUAUGCUCUCAGAGAUCAGCUAAAGGAACAUUGGAAGAAGCAAGGUGCGGUGGACAGCCUCGGCUCCAUCGCUGAAGGAGUUGUUACUCAACCUGUGUUAGACAAGGAUGCUGUCGCACCAGACGACUACGGCAAAAGUGGAAUGAACACUCCGCUAAUGCGUAGUGUAAUGAUGGCCUAUACUGGAUGUGACAGAGGCGCCGCCGGAUAUAACGAAUAUAUAUAAUACUAAAUAAAAUAAUACUAAAUAAAAU